ACGGUGACGGUCCUUUUGUCUCUCUCCGUCGCCAACCCUUGCAGACGAAGUUUCCUCUCUUUCUGUUACCGAUCCCUGCAAUCCACUGGGCACGCGCCUACCAUUACCGUCUUCGCUUCCCUCAUCUAUUUAUCCUAAACAUUAUAUUAUUAACUUCCGAAGUUACCCCUUCAAUCACAUCGCCGUGAAACACACUCACUUCGUUUCGCACCACCUCAAUCCAUAUUCUAUUUUUUUUUUAAUAUUAUUUAUUUUCUUCACUUCUAUAUUAAUUAAUUCAUUUUAAACAAUCAAAUUUAUUUUAACACCACAGCGCCACUUAUUGUUAUAUUUUGAAUUGAAAUCCAUUCCAAUUACAAAAGGCGAAAAACAGAAUUUCUCAAUUCUCAAUUUGAAACUCCGAAAUUCUGGAGAGGCUGACUGGUUGGUAGGUUGUGGCGGUGUUUCUUCAUCUAUCUAUCUAUUAUCAUCAGCACCCUAAAAUAUAACCUAACGCAAUACUACAAUUACAUUAGAGUUUCUACCUUCUCGUGUUGUGGAUUCGCUCCAAUUUCUAGGGUUUAUCAAUCAUAUAUAUAUGUUAAUAAAUUAAAUGGCCGGCGCCGGCGACCUAGAUUCCGAUGCGGUGCUCAGCGACGUCGAGGACGACAGCGGCGGCGAUUCGAUUCCGAUCGCCACGAAGCCACCUUCGCCGGAUGAGUUUUCCGUCGAGAGACUCCGAGAGGUUCUCGACGAGCUCGAUAAGGAGCGGCAGGCGCGGCUCGCCGCCGAGAAUUCGAAGACGGAAUUGCAGGUUUCGUUCAACCGAUUGAAGGCGCUGGCACACGAGGCCAUAAAGAAGCGCGACGAGUUCGGACGGCAGAGAGACGACGCCCUUCGGGAGAAGGAGGAGACGGCGAAGCAGCUAGAGGAAACGGCGAAGGAGCGAGACGCGCUGCGAUCGGAGAUUGGGAAUUCGAGCCACAUGCUAGUGACUGGCAUGGAGAAGAUCUCGGCGAAAGUGAGCAGUUUCGCCGGCAACGCGUUGCCGUUGCCGCGAUCGCAGAAAUACACCGGCAUGGCGGCGGUGGCGUACGGUGUUAUCAAGAGAGCGAAUGAGAUCGUGGAAGAGCUUUUGAAACAGAACGACGCAACUACGAAGUCUAGGAACGAGGCCAGGGAGCAGAUGGAGCAGCGGAAUUACGAGAUUGCCAUUGAGGUUUCUCAGCUUGAAGCCACAAUUAGUGGCUUGAGAGAUGAGGUUGCUAAGAAGGCUUCUCUUGUUGAGGGUUUAGAGAAGGAUUUGGCUGUUCGGGAUCAGAAGCUGAAUGAGAUUUCAGAGAAUUUGAGUAAGGAACAGAGUGAGGCUUUGCAAUUGAAGGAGUUUGUUGAUGAGUGUGAGGAUAAAUUGAGUAAGUUGGAAACUAAGAUGGAAUCCCAAAGGCCUUUGUUGAUUGAUCAGUUGAGUAUUGUUUCAAAAAUUCAUAACCAAAUUUGCAAUGUUGUUAAGAUAAUUGAUGAUGAUGGUACUUCGGAACUGUCUGAGUCGUUGUUUGUCCCGCAAGAAACGGACAUUGAGGAGAAUAUACGUGCUUCUUUGGCUGGGAUGGAAUCGGUAUAUGAGUUGACUAAGAUUGUUGUUCAGAAAGCUAGGGAUGUGGUUGAGGAGAAGAAUCAUGAGAUCAAGAGUUUAGAUGAGACUGUGACUCGGUUAAUUAGGGAGAAGGAUCAAAUUGGUUCUUUGCUUAGAAGUGCCUUGUCAAAAAGGAUGACAUCUGAUCCAUCUUCUAGGAAAAGUGAGUUAUUUCAAGCCGCAGAGAAUGGGUUGAGGGAGGCUGGGAUAGAUUUCAAAUUUAGUAAGAUUCUUGGAGAUGGAAAUGUUGCAGCUUCAAAUAACAAAUCAGACACAACGGAAAAAGAAGACGAGGAUGAAAUAUACUCUUUGGCUGGUGCUUUGCAAGAUGUUGUUAAGACAUCUCAGCUUGAGAUCAUUGAGUUGCAGCAUACUGUGGAUGAAUUAAGGGCAGAGUUGAGCUUACUUAAGCAGCAUAUUGAAGCUCAGGCCAAGGAGCUUGACCAUAGAAUGCAUCGGAUAGAGGAACUUGAAGAGAAGGAGAGAGUGGCAAAUGAAAAUAUUGAGGGUCUAAUGAUGGACAUUGCUGCUGCUGAAGAAGAAAUUAACAGAUGGAAAGUAGCGGCAGAGCAAGAAGCUGCAGCAGGCAGAGGCGUCGAACAAGAAUUUGUGGCACAGUUGUCAGCUCUUAAGCAGGAACUUGAAGAGGCGAAACAAUCAAUGUUAGAAUCAGAGAAGAAACUAAAAUUCAAAGAAGAGACAGCAGCUGCUGCCAUGGCUGCCAGAGAUGCAGCAGAGAAGUCUCUUAAGUUGGCAGACUUGAGGUCAUCUAGACUGAGAGAGAGAGUUGAGGAGCUUACUCAUCAGCUUGAAGAGUUUGAGAACAGGGAAGACUCGAGGGGCCAAAACAGGCCUAGAUAUGUUUGUUGGCCAUGGCAGUGGCUCGGCUUAGACUUUGUGGGAUUUCAGCAGCGACUCGAUACACAACAGCAGGCUUCUAACGAAAUGGAACUUUCUGAACCUCUCUUAUAAUUGGACCUUUUCUAUUUUUUGUUUCUUAUUUUCUUGUGUAUUUAUGUUGAUUUCUUCAAUUUUAUGUCACAAAAUUGUAGUUGAUAGCAUCAUGUUGAUCCAGCAUUUAGUCCAGCUAUUGAUCCAGCAUUAGGCUCCUCUUAAUUGAGAAAGCCUCUGAAGUAUACACGCGAAGGUGUGUUCACUCUUGAAUGGGUUAACUUCACUAAACACUUAUAUCUAAAUUAACAGUGAAUGCAUCUUCACUUAUGUUUUCACACUAUAGAUGAGCUGUUUCCCUGCAUCAUCAUGUUGUAGUUGCUUCUGGCUUGAAUAAAUGGCCAUUGCAAUUUUAUUGUUUUGUACGAUCCUUCCAUCAAAGCAAUCAACAGUGUAUCCACGGGAAGUUGCAUAACCGAAGUUUCUGUAUCUACGAUAAAUGUUUUUGGGUUACAUUUUUUGAGUCUGUGCUUGCUAAUUUCAGUUGCAACUUUGUUAGCUUCUGUCUGCCCAAUUUUUUUACCAAAUAGUCUUUUGAGGGAUAUAUGGUUUCGUCAACCCGUGCAAGUGCUGCCAGUCUAGAUUUAGAACGGGUGGGUAGGUUAAACUCUCAACCCCCCAAAUCUAUAGAAACUAGUGCGGUUUCAACGAUUGGACGAUAUUCAAUUGUCAAUCUUUUUAUUAUCAAAAUAGGUUCAACAAUGUCACUAAUAAAAUAAAUGCAUGAUUUUUUUACCUUUAUUACUUCCAUACCAAAUACAGGCGAGCCUUUUAUCAUUCCAAAUGUAUAUGACUUCUGUUCAAUUUUUUUGAAUUAUUAUUUAAAUUACUUUUUCCUUUGUUAAUUAUGGCCACAUAUUGUAUUGAGAGUAUCAGCUUGACACAUAAUACAUCGAUUUCAGACGACAAAAGCGUUUCAGGGGCUGAAGGCUUUUGUCAAUGAUAGUUAAAUGGUCUUAACAUGUAUUUGAGAGGCUUGGACCAGCAUAAGAAUUUUUGAAGAGAAUGGGGCGUGUAGCAUUUCAAAUUAUUAAUUUGCUGUUGUUUUUGUAGGUUUAGGUGCAAGAUAGCUUUUGAGGUCUUGUAUUUGUAGACAAAUUCAUGGUCAGGACAAUCUUUUUCGCUGUCCAAUCUGGUACGACGAAAAUAUAAUAUAUAAGCAUUUCACUUUUAGGACCAGCUUGUCUGUGCUGUGUAUUAUAAAAAUAAAAAAUAAAUAAAAUACAUACGAAUCACUCAGGCCAACCAUUAACUAGACAUGUCAAAUUAAAUUAAAGUUCCAUUGCAUUGUGGAAUUGAGAUUAACUGACCAUUGACCGCGAUCUAGAGUGAAAACUUGAAAUCCGCGCAUCCUUUAAGAAACUGAGCUAAUGUUACGGAUUUUGUUAUUUGUGUGUAAUAAUCUCUAAUAAUUCUUGAGAAGAAAAAUUAAGAUACAAAAGAAGAAAACUACAUGUAACGGGG